AUGGAGGUGAAUGUGCGAGUGCGAGCGGCCGUGGGCGCGGCGUUGGACGCGCGCGCUGCGCAGAGGACCCGCGCAUCUGCGCGGGGAGCGGCGCCGCGCGCACGUGCAGGCCGUGUCGGGCGUGAGCGGGGAUGGUCUGCUCUGUGGCGCACUGAGCGCGGCUGUAUCAAAGCCACGGCGAUCGCUCCCGCCGGUCCGGACGCCGAAGACGUAGUGACCAAUCCCUACGGGAUGGACGAGUUCGUGCCCAGCAAGGAGUUCAUCGCGCAAGCGUACGUGAACGGCCGCGCCCAGUACGAUGAGAUGUACAAGGAGUCUCUCGAGAACCCGGACGCCUUCUGGGCCAAGAUAGCGGAAGACUUCCACUGGCACAAGAAGUGGGACGGCCCCGUGCACAAGGAGAACUUCGCGCGGUCCAAGGGCAAGGUCUUCACCUCGUGGUUCGACGGCGCGAUGACGAACGUGUCGUACAACUGCCUGGACCGCCACAUCGCCAACGGACACGGCGAGCGCGUGGCCUUCCACUUCGAGGGCAACGACCUCGGCGUCACCGACACCUGGACCUACAACCGCGUCAAGGACGAGACGUGCCGCAUCGCCAACGCCCUGAAGGAGCUCGGCGUCAAGCAGGGCACCGACGUGUCCAUCUACAUGCCGAUGACGCCGGAGCUCCCCGCGACGAUGCUCGCGUGCGCGCGCCUCGGCGCCGUCCACUCGGUCGUCUUCGGCGGCUUCUCCGCCGAGGCGCUCGCCGACCGCAUGCUAGACUCGAAAGCGGAGGUCCUGGUCACGUGCUCCUCGGUGUCGCGCGGCCCGAAGACCAUCGAUUUCAAGGCUAUCGUCGACGAGGCCAUGGGCAUCGCGGAGCAGCAGGGCCACGCGAUCCCGAAGUGCGUUGUGCUGCAGCACGGGACGACCGCGGACGCGAGCAAGGUCCCGAUGAAGAAGGGGCGCGACGUGUGGUACCACGACGUCGUGCCGCGGCAGUCGACAGAGUGCGCGCCGGUGUGGGUGGAGGCCGAGACGCCGCUGUUCAAGCUGUACACGUCCGGGUCCACGGGGAAGCCCAAGGGCGUGCAGCACACGACGGCGGGGUACAUGAUCGGCACGGCGACGACGUUCAAGUACGUGUUCGACUACAAGAUGGGCGAUGUGUACUGGUGCACGGCCGACUGCGGGUGGAUCACGGGGCACUCGUACCUCACCUACGGGCCCAUGCUCAACUGCGCCACCCAGGUGCUGUUCGAGGGCAUUCCGACGUACCCGGACUGUUCGCGGUGCUGGGACAUGGUCGACCGCUACGGGGUGACGAUCUUCUACACAGCGCCGACGGCGAUCCGGUCGCUGAUGUCGCACGGCGACGGGCCGGUGACGAAGCACUCGCGCCAGACGCUGCGCAUCCUCGGCACGGUCGGCGAGCCCAUCAACCCCGAGGCCUGGCGCUGGUACCACCAGGUGAUUGGCAACGGGGUGUGUCCCAUCGUGGACACGUGGUGGCAGACGGAGACCGGCGCGCACAUGCUGUGCCCGCUGCCGGGCGGCUGGCCGAUGAAGCCUGGCUCCGCGACGUUCCCGUUCUUCGGCGUCGAGCCCGCGGUGCUCAACGAGAAGGGGGAGGAGUUGGAGGGGGAGUGCGAGGGGUACCUCGUCAUGAAGCGGGCGUGGCCGAGCAUGAUGCGCACGCUCGCGGGCGAUCACGACCGCUUCGAGACGACGUACUUCGCGCAGCACGACGGCUACUACUUCACCGGCGACGGCUGCCGCCGCGACGCCGACGGCUACUACUGGCUCACCGGGCGCGUCGACGACGUCGUCAACGUCUCCGGGCACCGCAUGGGCACCGCGGAGGUCGAGUCCGCGCUCGUCAUGCACCCCGCCGUCGCCGAGGCCGCCGUCGUCCCCAUCGAGCACCCGAUCAAGGGGCAGGCCAUCUACGCCUACGUCACGCUCAUGGACGGGUACGACUACCCGCCGGACGGGGCGCUGAAGAAGGAGCUCGUCGCGGAGAUCCGGAAGCACAUCGGGCCGAUCGCGACGCCGGACGUCAUCCACUGGGCGCCGGGUCUCCCGAAGACGCGCAGUGGGAAGAUCAUGCGGCGCAUUCUCCGGAAGAUCGCGAACAAGGAGGAGGACUCGCUGGGCGACACGUCGACGCUCGCGGACCCGAGCGUGGUGACGACGCUGCUGGAGCUCCGGGGGAAGUGA